AUGGACGCUUCAUUCGGUCUUAACCAAUUAGGAACAAAUGAAGCGCUUGCCGAUACCCCUAUCCUUUCUCAGACACCCCCUUCUUUCGCCACUUCCAUUAACGAAACAAAGAGAUACGGUCAAUCUAUAAAACGUAUACUAAAAUCUGAUACUGUUUACGAAAACCAUGGUCUUGUAUCUACUCAGUACAUAAAACAUAAUAAUGAAAAAAAAUCUAACAAGUGCACUAUACAAAACUCUGCGAUUACCCAAGACAAAACUGUAUCAAACGUUACAGCAUCCACGACUUCAUUUGUAUCCAUACCUCGAUCCAUAAAUCCCGACACGCCUAUAGAAAAUAUAUGUUUAAAUACAGACAGGAACGAUUGUCACUUUACACAAAAUCAUAUGGAUACGACGGAAGAUAUUAAUCCUUAUUCCGUACGAUCUGUAUCAUCGCCGCAAUUAACAAUUAAACCUGUUGCACAAUCAAAAGUUUGUAGAAAAGCAUCCUUGAAAUCGAUGAAUUUAUCAAAUUCUACGUUAGAUAAUUCUGUACCAAAUCAUCGUAAAAGUAACGACUCAAUAUCGGACACACGUAUAAUCGAUAUUUCUAACUGUUCCAUCACCUUCGCAGAUAAAGAGGUACCUUUUUCAUGUCUUUCCGAAACGACACAAGGAAACGAUACGAGAAAUAAAUGGAAUACGGGAGAGGUGCACAUUACUUGUAAUCCACUAUCAACGCCAUAUCCGUAUUCCACGCCUCAUCGUAACAUUAUGAGCGAAACUGUAACAGAACCACUAGACGACGAACCAAAAACUCGCAGCUGUGGAAGUUUUUUACCAAUCUUAUCGUUGAUCCCGCAGACGGUGAUCAGUUUUCAGUAUUUAAGCCCGAAAAUGAAAUUCUCUUGGUGGAGAAAUAAAAUUUCGUGAAGGUACGCUUAAACGACCAUUUAGCGCGAUUGCUGCUAGUGGUCUUGUAGCGCAAUUAAAUGCUAUUUGGUCGAAGCUCUAUGAAAACCUCUUACCUCGUAGUGAGUUCCCAAUCUUCAUCAAUUAGAGGUAUCCUGUCAUCGUUACACUUGUAUGUCAAUCAGUCUAUACCCUUUUAUUACUCCAAGUAGGGUCGUACAGAGAGAAAGCAUGCAGGUAGAUUUUAAAAAGAAACAUAAAUAGUUCCUUCACAUUAUGGAAACGUUUUGCACAAUGUAAAAAGAAACUUUGAAUCCUUUGGAAAUAAUAUCUAUAUUGUACACAGCGGUUCUGUUGGAUCCUCUAGUCCCUGAAGUUUUUUCCUAAACUUUGCUAAUUUAUGAGUAGAACGAAACAAGUAUCUUUUGCUCUAUACGGAGAGUUCUCUUACAAUUUUGUCUACUUAUAACGAUAAUCUUAGAAAUUCAUGAUAGAAAAAAAAUCAAAAAUAAAAACCACAAUAUGGAUCUAACAAGACACAUCAGUCGUAAUGUAAUUCCAUUAAAUUUACGCUUCUAUUAUAAAUUGCUUUCUCUAAAAGAUGUGUACCUAUUUUCAAAUAUAUGUGAUCACAAGUCGAAAAGCUAGGAAUUAUUUAAACAUACUCUCCUUAUCAUUAUAAUAUUAUAUAAGUAACUAUAUGUUAUUUCUAAUUUAACGUAUCAUUUUGGUAAAAAAAAAAAAAAAAUACAAAACAAAACGUUUUAAUCUAUAGGUGCUUCUGAAUUUAUUAGCCUUUUUAAUGCAUACAUCAAAACAUGAAAUAUUCCAUGUGAAUAACUACUCUAUGUGAUAUUACUAAAAAUAUGAAAAAAUAAUACACCAGUUGGUGUUAUACGAUGUUAAGAAUUUAGAUUAAUCCUUUAUAAACCUCCUUGUUGACUUCUUUAUUAAACUAAUGUAAAUUCAUUUUAUGAAAUGGAAGAAGUAUUAAGCUACUUAUGAUUAACUGAAUCAUUCCUAUAUGAGUGCGUGUAAAGUGUUACGUGCGAGCGAUGCGUAUAUGACAAGUCAUGUUUCCUCUAAAAUUUGUAUUUCUCUGUGAGAAAUAAUGUUAUUUAAUAUAAUUUAUAUCUACAAAGAAUCCAUAUCGCUAAAAAAACAAGAAAAAAAAUAUAAAAAAAAUUUGAUUGUUAUUUCAUUUAUUUUCUUGAGUUUUCAAACUAUUUUUCUUUUUAGAAGUAUUGACUUCCGUUUCUUCUUGUUCUUGUUUAUUUUCGCUUCGAUAGCUUCUAUGUAAAAGUCCAGUUAUGAACUUAUAUUUAGUUCAAUUCGACGAUUAUACUACUCUUUUUAUAUUUGUUGAGUAAUAAAUAUUUUUUACGAAUAUUUAUA